AACAGCGAAGGCAGAUCGAGUCGGGAUCAAGAGCGUGUCGCAUAUCCCAGCAGCGUUCUGCGCGAUGACACCACCAGUGCCCGAGCGCCGUCCACGUCGAUACCAUUUGAGCAGUCACGCGAUCAGUCAUCCGCUGGAAUGGUUGCAAGUCGGCUGUCCACACCAUCAUCAAGCAAAAGUCGUCGUCCAUCCACUGCGAGUGUCGUUCACGAUCAAGGUAACGAUUCUAACAGCACGGAAGCAAGCGCGGUGCAUCCAAGCACGUCGUCCGAGAGUGCCUGGCGGCCGUUGAACUCGUUGUUGGCGCAACAUGGGUUCUCCCCCGUCGAAUUGGUCCCAACGGCGACAGGAGUCCUUCCGAAAAUGGACGCGUUGUACGGCGUCGUGCACGACUUGAUCUCUCAACUAGAGCGUCGUGGCCAAAUCAUUCAAGACCUCGUGCUGGACUCGGACAUCAAUGCCAAGAAGCAGACCAAGAUCGAGACGUCCCUGGCGUCCAGUGGGAAACACGUCGCGAACGUCACCGACGCCCUCGAACGGUCGCAACUCGAAGUGCAAUCGCUCAAGACCCAACUCGAACGCGCGUCGGCCAAGGCCGAUUCGGACCAAAAGGCGUAUAAACUCCAGAAAACCAAGCUGGAGCAGCAGCUCAAGAUGAGCGAGCACCGCGUCAAAGCAAAGGAGGCGCUGGUGGACCGGCUCCAGGUCAAGUUGCAGCAGGUGACGGACAAGGACGCCGCCGCCAAGUCGCGCACCCGCCACGUGUUUCGUGACAUCCACAUGCGCGAGCCUCGACGGACCAGCGCCGCCGACGUCAAGGCUUUGGAACUGAUCGCCAUGUACGAACACGACCGGGACAAAAUGGCGGGAGAGAUCCGAAGCCUGCAAAGCCAGGUUCAAGAGCUGUGCUGCGACGUCCGCGAUAAGGAGAACGUGCUGCUUCGGCAGUCGUCCAACGGGUUGCCGAAGAAUCGGGAGGAUGCGUUUGUGGAACGGUUAGAAGCGGCUAGAUUGGAGCAGGAGCAGUCGGCGAGGAAGCUGCGGCAGCAAGAAGCGCUCAUUCAGGACAAAGUGGCCAAAAUCGACGCCGACUUGCGCGCAUCCAAGCAAGUGGUCGCCGACCUUCGCGACGAAAACGCAAACUUGCACUUGGAAGUGCAGUCCCGCCCGAGUAUUCGAGACUACAAGGCGACCCAGCGACGGGUGAUGCUCCUGGAGCGCCAACUGCAUGACCAGCAGGUCGCCGUGACCCACGCCAACACGCUGGACGACCUGCGACAAUACAUGGGCACGGCCGAACUCAUCUACCGAGACAAGCAAAACGCCAAGCUGCAUCUGAAUCGACUAAGUACUUUGCCCAAAGAAGCAUGCUUGGAAGUAAUGCAAGACAUUUGCCGCCAACUCGACCUGACAGACGUGACGAUGAUUGGCCCGAGCGUCGCCAAGCUCAUCUCGGUGGUGCACGCGGUUCCGCGCAUGGAAAAAUUCAUUCGCGACGUCUGUGCCUGUGUCCAGCCGUCGGCCGCAAUCGAAAAGGUCGUCCCAACACUGACCAAAUGGAAGCAAAACCUCGACCAACUCGAGUCGUUGCAGGCGUAUGCAGCCCAAAUCAACGCCGCGUUGAUGAAGCGAACGUACGAAAACGUCGAGGACUCACACACAACCGACCCCCUGUCCCCGAAGCGGGCAUUGCAUGUGAUUGACGAGUUAGUUGCGUUUGAAUCGCAUUUCUUGCAAGAGCGACAAAUGUACAGCAUCGCCAUGACAAAUGUCGAGAAACAACCCGAUGUAUUAGUCCACAAGAUGAUCCAGCAUUUUCGGCAUUUGUUUGGCGUCAAGACCAUGGACGGUGUGUUUCCCAAGAUCAACGAAGUGUUUUUAUUCGUUAACGAAAUGAACAACGCGUUGGCAUCGAUCAAGGAGGCUUUAAACCUGCCAACCACCGCUUCUGUCACAAGUACCCUCCAAGACCUCCGCACCGCCCUCCAGCAGACUCCAUCUACACGUCCAACCAACACAAGCGAAAGCUACGUCGUCACGUCCAAGUCGGACGUCGUGGGCGUCGCGGCCGUCAGACAGCAGCAUCUUACGCUGACCAAGUUGAAGCAAGUGCUGGGCGCGCAGUCCACGGACGAGUUGGUUCCACGUGCGACGAGGCUGAUGGAGCUGCUCAGUUUAUCGUCGAUGCAACAUCCGUGAUGGGAACGUUCUUUAACGUGGACUUUUAAAGGAAACAAGGGAGUGUGUCAACUACACCUUUUUGCAGUAAGUUGGACGAAUGCCCGAUGUAU